AUGUGGGCCAGCGGAGCAGCUGUGGUUCGUGGUGUGCAUAGCGUCCCUAUUGAUUUGUCUAAGGCUGGAUGUGUUGCAGCAACUGAGUCUCUCUUGCGUCGGCAUAUUUCAGCUGCCUACUGGGAGGGCGAUACGUUAACAUUUCGUAUCGAUACUGCCACGGUACAAGCCAUUGCAAGUAAAGCGGUCGGCGAGCAGUGCAUACGUGGAACUUUCUGCCACGAGUGGCUAGAACAGUGGCAAACGCUUCGUGAUCUCCUGACUUGGAUAUGGCACGGGGAUGGAACCAUCAAGUUCGAGCUUCAGCGUUCACGGUCACCGGCAAUUCGGCUCCCAGUCCAGUCGCGGUACGACUGUGAACUCCGAGCCCGUGCAGACAUCAAUAAGCGGGACUUCCGCUUUCACGAUCAUCCUGCAUUGUCGCGACUUGUGCAGCUUCACACCUGGGCUAAUUGGCGUUUUAAUCGGGCGCGGUACAAGGAGGCUGUGUCCGGGCAGCGUGUGGCACAGGGGACUGUGGAGAGAGAUCGGGCAAUCGCUGUUCAAGCUACAAAUAAUAAGGACCUGCAUGAUGCACUAUCCCAGCUGGAUUGGCGUGACAUUCGGGCAGUGAGGGGAGCUGGGGCUUCUACGGUCCAGACACUUUUUCGAUUGAAGGCCAACAAGCUGAAAUUAUGGAACUAUGUGCACAGUGACCGUUCUUGUCCACAUGGCGAGUGUCCCCGAGACGUACCUAUUAGCCUUCAACACGUCUUCAGGGAGUGCCCUAUUGCGAAGGCAGCAUGGAAAGACUUUGACAUUCGAUGGAGGCGUCUCGGCGACAACGUGCCUGCUAACCUUAUUGAAUCGUGCUUCAGUUUGGGCCUAGACGAUACGCCGACACGUGCGUGGCGAACGGUAUGUGAUCAUGUUCGUGCUGCAGGUACCGAGCAUUGUGAUGUUUUGUACGAGGUUUCCAGGGAUUUGUGGAGGCUGACGGUGGCGGCGACAAUUCAAGCCAUCUGGUGUGCGCGACUUCGUCUCCGCCACGAGCCAGAUGCGCUUCAAUCGACAUUGCGGGCGGCAAUCUGCGUUACAGUAGACAAUGCCUUGCGCGAUUUGGUUUCAUUGAGUUAUAAAUUCGACACGGAUAUUUUAAAACUUCCGAAGAAUGCCGCUACCAGGGCGCUGGCUGAUCGUCUCAAGGGGACGAUUGACGGGACGAUUCUCUCGCCACCGAUUCGAGACCGGAGCGCCUACGUGCUUUUUUUUAUGGCGGCUCGCGUGGUAAUCCCGGUCCAGGCGGAUCCGGUUCGGUCAUGGUCUGUGUUGAUCUGGACACGCGAGCAUCAGAGAUUACCUGGGCGGCGAGCAUGUCAUAUGCGCAUAACAGCACAACCAACAACAUGGCGGAAUAUCGGGGGGUGGUCUCAUCACUACCGCGCUAACAACAAAAUGGCAGACUUGGCUGCGAAUAUUGCGAUGGACUCCAAAACGUCACAGCAAACGUGCGCUACUGACAAUCGACCACUGAUUGCAAGAGUGCAGCGGUUUCUCCGCACUGACGUGCACGAGUGGCAGGCAUUUCCUCCAACACAUACCCCGGGUCCAAGUAUUUCUGCUCUUUCGGCGGUUGCUUCCUACGGUCGGAGGGUAGCUGUAUAG